CUGGAGCCAGGAGGUGGGGCCGAAAGAGGAGGAAGUCCCCUCGCAGGCCUUCUCACCUUUUCGCGUCCUCCUCGCGAGAGCACCGAGCAUUUUUGGCUCGGGAAGCGCGUACAGAGGUAGAGGUGCGUGCCUUGGGCUCGUCGGCCGCCGUAGCCCCUGCGAGGACAGCCCGUGCGAGCCUACUGGAAGAGGAAGAGAAAGACAGAGAGUCGGGUUACAAGAUGGCCGAUCUGUAGUAGUUACGGCGGCGGCGGCGGCGGCGGCGGCGGGGAGCCACCGCGCUCUGGGGCGCAAAGGAAGGGGAGAGAGAGUGUGUGCAAGGGCGGAGUGAGGGCUAACGGAGGCUCCGGGGGAAGGCGUCUCGGUGGCUUUUGUCACCCUUCUCGCGGCCGAACCUUUGGAGCCAUGGUGAAGUUGGGCCUUUCCAGAGCCUCAGCCACCGCCGUCGCCACCAGCACCGCCGCCGCCGCCGCCGCCGCCGCCUCUGCCUCUCGGGAGUGAGGGGUGCGGACGAGGUGAGCGACGAGGCGGCGGCCGCAGUGGUGGGGACCGCAGCCACCAUGUCGGACACGCGGCGGCGGGUGAAGGUCUAUACCCUGAACGAAGACCGGCAGUGGGACGACCGCGGCACGGGGCACGUCUCGUCCACGUACGUCGAGGAGCUCAAGGGGAUGUCGCUGCUCGUCCGCGCCGAGUCCGACGGAUCACUACUCUUGGAAUCAAAGAUAAAUCCAAACACUGCAUAUCAGAAACAGCAGGAUACAUUAAUUGUUUGGUCAGAAGCUGAAAACUAUGAUCUGGCUCUAAGUUUUCAGGAAAAAGCUGGCUGUGAUGAGAUCUGGGAAAAAAUUUGUCAAGUUCAAGGUAAGGACCCAUCAGUAGAAGUCACACAAGACCUCAUUGAUGAAUCCGAAGAAGAACGAUUUGAAGAAAUGCCAGAAACUAGUCAUCUGAUUGACUUACCCAUGUGUGAACUCAAUAAACUUGAAGAGAUUGCUGAUUUAGUUACCUCAGUUCUCUCCUCACCUAUCCGUAGGGAAAAGCUGGCUCUGGCCUUGGAAAAUGAAGGCUAUAUUAAAAAACUACUGCAGCUGUUUCAAGCUUGUGAGAACCUAGAAAACACUGAAGGCCUGCACCAUCUGUAUGAAAUUAUUAGAGGAAUCUUAUUCCUCAAUAAGGCAACUCUUUUUGAAGUAAUGUUUUCCGAUGAAUGUAUCAUGGAUGUUGUGGGAUGCCUUGAAUAUGAUCCUGCUUUGGCUCAGCCAAAAAGACAUAGAGAAUUCUUGACUAAAACUGCAAAGUUUAAAGAAGUUAUACCAAUAACAGAUUCUGAACUAAGGCAAAAAAUACAUCAGACUUACAGGGUACAGUACAUUCAGGAUAUCAUUUUACCUACACCAUCUGUUUUUGAAGAGAAUUUUCUUUCUACCCUUACAUCUUUUAUUUUCUUCAACAAAGUUGAAAUUGUAAGCAUGUUGCAGGAAGAUGAGAAGUUUUUGUCUGAAGUUUUUGCACAAUUGACAGAUGAGGCUACAGAUGAUGAUAAACGGCGUGAGUUGGUUAAUUUUUUCAAGGAAUUUUGUGCAUUUUCUCAGACAUUACAACCUCAAAACAGGGAUGCGUUUUUCAAAACUUUGGCAAAAUUGGGAAUUCUUCCUGCUCUUGAAAUUGUAAUGGGCAUGGAUGAUUUGCAAGUCAGAUCAGCUGCUACAGAUAUAUUUUCUUAUCUGGUCGAGUUUAGCCCAUCUAUGGUUAGAGAAUUUGUGAUGCAAGAAGCCCAGCAGAGUGAUGAUGAUAUCCUUCUUAUAAAUGUUGUAAUUGAACAAAUGAUCUGUGAUACUGAUCCUGAGCUAGGAGGUGCUGUUCAGUUAAUGGGACUUCUUCGUACUCUAAUUGAUCCAGAAAACAUGUUAGCUACAACCAAUAAAACGGAAAAAAGUGAGUUUCUAAACUUUUUCUACAACCAUUGUAUGCAUGUCCUCACAGCACCACUUUUGACCAAUACUUCAGAAGACAAAUGUGAAAAGGAUAAUAUAAUUGGAUCUAACAAAACCAACACAAUUUGUCCUGAUAAUUAUCAAACAGCACAGCUACUUGCCUUAAUUUUAGAACUACUCACAUUUUGUGUGGAACAUCACACAUACCACAUAAAAAACUACAUUAUGAACAAGGACUUGCUAAGAAGAGUCUUGGUCUUGAUGAAUUCAAAACACACUUUCUUGGCCUUAUGUGCUCUUCGCUUUAUGAGGCGGAUAAUUGGCCUUAAAGAUGAAUUUUAUAAUCGUUACAUCACCAAGGGAAAUCUUUUUGAACCAGUUAUAAAUGCUCUUCUGGACAAUGGCACUCGGUAUAAUCUGUUGAAUUCUGCUGUUAUCGAGUUGUUUGAAUUUAUAAGAGUGGAAGACAUCAAGUCUCUUACAGCACAUAUAGUUGAAAACUUUUAUAAAGCACUUGAAUCGAUUGAAUAUGUUCAGACAUUUAAAGGAUUGAAGACUAAAUACGAACAAGAAAAAGACAGACAAAAUCAAAAAUUGAACAGUGUACCAUCUAUAUUGCGUAGUAACAGAUUUCGUAGAGAGGCAAAAGCCAUGGAAGAAGAUGAGGAGAUGUGGUUUAAUGAAGAUGAAGAUGACGAAGGAAAAACAGUUGUGCCAGCAGUUGAAAAAUCUAAGCCUGAAGAUGAUUUUCCAGAUAGUUAUGAAAAAUUUAUGGAGACUAAAAAAGCAAAGGAAAGUGAAGACAAAGAGAAUCUUCCCAAAAGGACAUCUGGUGGCUUCAAAUUUACUUUCUGCCACUCUCCCAGUGCUGCUAAUGGAAACAACAGUGCAAAUAAUAAAUGUGUAGUGGCUCAGACACCAGCAGCAAAUCCUAAUGGAUCUUCCUCCAAAGCUACAAACUUGGCUACAUCAGUAACAGCCACCAAGGUGAGUUUGGUUGGGUUAGUGGACUAUCCAGAUGAUGAAGAGGAGGAGGAGGAAGAAGAAACAUCUCCCAGGAAAAGACCACGCCUUGGCUCAUAAAGUAUUUGCUGGGGACCCCAACAUGUGAUUUUACUAAAGUGCUGCAGCUGUUCAAUGAGCUGAAAGUGAAUCAGAAAAGCAUUCUCAUUGGAGCUUAAAAAGUAUAUAAGGAGUAGCAAAGACACUCAGAAGAUCAGCCACAAAAGUGUAGUUACGUAAAAAUACCAGGCUUCCCAGGAACAUGAAUCUUGCUAGUAACUAAGAGGGGUUGCCUUUCAGGCUGCAGUAAAAAGAUUACUGGAUCCUGGGAGAUAGCUUCUCAGCAAGGAAAGUCUCAGGUUUUGGGACAGUUUGGGGGAGGGAAAUGUUGAUGAAAUAUUAAUGCAGGGUUGCUCCAGUGGGUUAUCCAAUGUAGAAAAAAUGCAGCUUUAGUUGCAAACCCAAUAAUAUCACUUGCCUAAUGGUGCUGGCCAUGUAGAUGUUUUAAUCAGUUGCCUCUUUUUAAAAGAAAUUUUUAUGGAAAACACUGAACUCCUUAAAAAUGAAGUUAUGUUGUUGGGACCAUUACUUUAAAGAUUUCACUGAAAUCCAAUGUUGUGGGUAUUUGGAGGGACAUACACCCUGUAUAACAACAACACAUGUUGAGUCUUCUAUGCCAGGAAUUUCCAAUGUAUUUUGACAAAAGCUGAUUCCAAAUGGUUGGUUUGCUUACUUUAAAAUCAGCACUUUUAGAGAUAACAAUGGCCAAGAAACAGUAUAGCAGUAUUUCAAAAUGAUCCUUUCUAGAGAUGGGGAGUGGAGAGAACAUUGUUUGUACCACCUACCAGCUGGUUCAAUCUUUUAUGGGAGAUAUUUUGAAGUCACUUUGUGCUUUGUUAGUAAAGUUUGUCAACGGUAGAAUGAUAUAUAGACUAAUGAAUAGUGCUGAAUUAAGUGGCAUUUAAUAUCUAAAAGCCAGUUUGAUCCAAGAAGUUACUUCCGUGUCAGAAUCACAUGCAGCACAAAUAAAUUUUUUCCAUAAACGGGUGUAACAUGAGAGCUGCUUGUUUCAGAGUAUAAGCACAUUCCAUAUACGUAAAUGAAUUUAAAAUAAUCAAGGCAAACAGUUAAGAGCUUUUAUUUUUAGAACAGCAAGUUAACUGUAAAUAUUUUAAUGUUAGUUUGCUCAUCUGUGAUCUGAGAUCAUGCUGUGAUGAGAAAACUAUCCCCAAACUACAAUUUAGUGCAUUGGGAAAAAAAAAAAUCUAAAAGUAGUAAUUCAAGCUACCGUCUUCAGAUCACCUUUGUAAUGUGUAUGGGUCCAUUUUUCCUGGAAUAGCUUAAGCUGAAGCAGUUGCCCCUGUUUUGGAGAUUUUGUAGUUAAUUUUAAUUUUGGCUAUUGUUUGGAAAAGAUGGGCUGUCUGUGUAGAUAUGAAGUAUAGUUUUUCCAUAAAACAGAUGUUUAUUUUGUAUUAAAAAUACCACUGUACUUGUUUUACACCAUUUGUAUACAUGUGGUGAUAUUAAUACUAAACUGUAAAAUUCAGGAAUUAAAAUGUGACCCUGUAAUUCCA